UACAAGGUUCUUUUUAGUUUCUUAUGUAACAACAUAGAUAAAGCUGGACACUUUCAGUAAAAGAAAAAUCUUCAAAAUACGCGAAACAAAUACUUUGGCAAUUAAUAUUUGGAUACAACAGACAGGAAAGUUUAUUUUAUUUUAUACAUGUUCAGAACACGUGGAUUAAAAAGAAACAAUCAAGUGUCGCUUUUUCAUAGAAAUUAUUAAUUGUGAAGGGAUAAUAUUAUUUUAUUGUUGUACUAAAAUGUGUGACUUUGACAUAAAUUGUGUAACGCAGAGUCCAGUUAAAACUUAUUAACUUUUGCCUGUUUAACAUUUUGCGCGACCAUCAAAUUAUAAGCGCCGCCCACCGCUUCCAAAUCGGUAAACUGCAGUGGCACUAUCUUCAGCCGAAUUACACAGAAAGAACGGAGAUCACCGUACUCUGAAAGCGGCUAGCUUUUUAAUGCUUUCUUGAAAAAAACUAACUUAUUCUUGAAGUGGAAAGUGAAAUUUGGCUGAGAUUUAUCUCAGCGGAUUGGAAACGGCAGAUCUGGCCGUCUGAGGACAUUUUAGGAGUUUCCAGAGGAAACACACAAAUAUUAACGGUCUGAUUCCGUAUACUUCUACCGUAGUUCUUUCCAUUGUUAAAUUAGAGCCAUGAAUGAAUGGCUUUUGAAGAUUGUCUGUCUGAUAUCAUUAUGUAGUUAUCACGCCGUGUUAGCUCAACGUGACCCUAGUGACCCAGAAUGUCAGGGUGGUAACUGUGUUUUCCAUAAUGGAUGUAAAUGUGUUGGAGAAAAAGGAUCUAGGGGAUCACCUGGUCCCAUUGGUCCACCCGGACCCCAAGGUAUUCAGGGAUUUCCUGGUAUGGAAGGUCUUCAGGGAACUAAAGGAAUGAAAGGAGAACAUGGACCUGAAGGACCUGAUGGACCAAAGGGUAACAGGGGUAAGAUGGGUAUGCCUGGAUUUCCUGGUAUGAAUGGUAUUCCUGGUAUUCCUGGCCCUGUUGGACCAAGAGGCUCACCUGGUCUGGAUGGAUGUAAUGGAACUCAGGGAGAAUCUGGUAAUCCUGGAAUUUCUGGAUUUCCUGGACCUGUGGGACCUCCUGGUUUCCCUGGAUCCAAAGGAGGAAAAGGAGAACCUGCUAGAAAUGGUGUUGGUAUCAAGGGAACCAAGGGAGAACCUGGUGUAACUGGAUUUCCAGGACAAGUGGGACCAAAUGGUAGAGAUGGAGGACCCGGUCCUAAAGGAGAGAGAGGAUUUGAUGGAAGAAAUGGCUUUAAAGGUGACCUUGGUCAAAAAGGACAAAAAGGAAGUAAUGGCAUUAGUGUAAAAGGUCCCCCUGGUCCACCAGGAGAAUAUGGAGAAGUAGGUCCACCUGGUCCACCAGGAAACAAUACUAGCCCUUUCACACAGCCAAAGGGAUCAUAUACUGGACCAAAAGGAGAUCGGGGAAGAAAAGGAGACACAGGAUUACAAGGAGAUACUGGAAGGAAUGGAUUUAAAGGAGAAGCUGGAAGAGAUGGAAUGAAAGGUAUGCCUGGUAUGUUUGGUGAGAAAGGUGUUCCUGGAAUAGCUGGACCUAGGGGAAAACAAGGAUUGCCAGGGUUACCAGGAUUGCCUGGAUUGAAAGGUGACCGUGGAAUGGAUGGACUUCCUGGGCUAAACGGACUUGCAGGAGAAAAGGGAGGCCUUGGGUUUGAAGGUCCUAAGGGAGAUUUAGGACCAAGGGGUCUUCCUGGCCCAGCAGGAGGAAAAGGUGGUAAUGGACCGUCUGGACCAAAAGGAGAUAGAGGACCUUCAGGUCCAAGAGGUUUCCCUGGAAAUGAUGGAUUUCCUGGUCUUCCUGGACCUCAAGGAGAAACUGGACCAGCUGGAGGACCUGGAGUACCAGGACCACCUGGACCACAAGGAAAAGAUGGGAUAAAGGGAGACAAAGGAGGACCAGGGGUUUCAGGUUUUCCUGGAAUAGAUGGUUUACCUGGAUUGAAUGGAUUAUCAGGUGAAAAGGGAGAACCUGGAUUCACAGGUGAACCAGGCAGGUCUAUUCCUGGUCCUGAAGGACCUUCCGGAUUCUCAGGAAGGGAUGGUGUACCAGGUAUAAAGGGUGAAAGAGGAAGGGAUGGUGUGCCUGGUGAGUCUGGUAAUUCAACAAGAGGCAGACCUGGAUUACCUGGACCAAAAGGUGAAAAGGGGUUGAAAGGUUAUGGUGGAUUGGCUGGAAGAGAUGGUGAACCUGGUAUUCCUGGAUUCAAAGGUGACCGAGGAGGAUCUUGCAGUGAUUGUCUCCCUGGACUGAAAGGAGAGCGGGGUUCAAAUGGUGUUGAUGGUGUCCCAGGAAGGAAUGGUCAGCCUGGACUCCCUGGUCCUGAAGGAAACAAAGGAGACAGAGGUCUAGAUGGACUACCAGGAUUUCAGGGACAACCUGGAGGGCCUGGUAUUCCCGGACAACCAGGUUUGGAUGGAUUAAGAGGUUUUAAGGGAGAAGCAGCCUUUAUUCCUCUUGAUUAUGAAGUAAAUUGUGAAAAGGGAGGUCAAGGAUUGGAUGGCUUACCUGGACCUAAAGGAAACCAAGGAAGACCUGGACCUCAAGGACCACCUGGUAGUUCUGGAUUCCCAGGACUUAAGGGUGACAAGGGAGAUGGCGGACGCUCCGGACUAGAUGGUCUUCCUGGUAGCAAUGGACGGCCCGGUCAACCUGGUCAGAAGGGAGAUGCUGGAAAUGGUAUCCCAGGUCUUCCUGGAACUAGAGGAGAACCUGGAAAUAAUGGACUGCCUGGACAACCAGGCUUUGUGGGAUUGAAGGGAGAACCAGGUGCGAGCACUCCAGUUAAUUUUGCAGACAUCAAAGGAAACAAAGGUGACAAAGGUGCACCUGGUGUAACAGGUAGCACAGGUAGAGAUGGAUUACCUGGAAUGAAGGGUGAUCAUGGUUUGGAUGGACUACCAGGUAUAAAUGGAAGACCAGGAGAAUCUGGACCCCGUGGUGAGGAUGGACUACCAGGACUUCCUGGACCAAGAGGACUUCCUGGAUCUAGAGGGGACAAAGGAACCUCAGGACUCCCUGGAGGACCAGGACUUAAUGGACUCAAAGGAGAAUCAGGACGGGAUGGAUUCCCAGGAAUGAAAGGUGACGGUGGUUUGCCUGGUUUACCUGGUACCGUGUUAGAAGGAGCCAAGGGAGAUAGAGGGUUGGAUGGAUUAUCUGGAGAAAGGGGACCAUCAGGUCGUCCUGGACAAGAUGGUGUACCUGGAUUGGAUGGAUUACCUGGUAUGAAGGGAGAACCUGGACCAUCAGGAUUAUCUGGAAUUCCUGGACAGCCAGGUGGUAAGGGAGAAAGUGGAAGAAACGGAAUACCUGGAGAACCAGGACGUACCGGUGCAGAUGGCUUACCUGGAUUACCUGGUGACCUUGCUUCUAAAGGAGAGCCUGGUUUACCAGGUGUUAGAGGUAUUGAUGGGGAACCAGGAAUCCCAGGAGAGGCUGGAUCAAGUGGCAGACCAGGAUUACCAGGAUUAGAUGGACCACAGGGUCCUCCAGGAUUACCAGGGCAAGAUGGACUACCAGGAGCUAAAGGUGAUGCUGGUGUAUUUGGAUUCCCAGGAGAACCUGGACGUGAUGGUUUACCUGGAUUACCUGGUUUGAAGGGUGGUAAAGGUGACCGAGGACUCAAUGGUGUACCAGGAACAGCAGGUCUCCCAGGAUUGUCAGGUGGUAAGGGAGAUAGAGGUUUGGAUGGACUACCAGGAUUUGAAGGUCGUCCAGGAGUAGAUGGAUUACCAGGACCAAAGGGAGAAUCAGGAUUGCCAGGACAACGUGGAAUCAGUGGGGAACCAGGCAGAGAUGGCUUACCAGGUUUAGAUGGAAACAGGGGAGAUAAUGGACUUCCAGGCGUUGGUAUCCCAGGUGAGGCUGGUAUUUCUGGAGAGCCAGGCAGAGAGGGUCUACCAGGAGGCAGGGGACCAUUUGGAGCCAAGGGAGAUGAAGGUGUACCAGGUUUCUCUGGUAUGAAGGGAGAAAGGGGUCCAAGAGGAGACGCAGGGCGUCCUGGAGGACCAGGUCAAGAUGGACUUCCUGGAAUGAAAGGUGAAUCAGGUUUGGAUGGCUUACCUGGUGUUGGAGGACCAAAGGGAGAUUCUGGAUUCCCUGGACAAAUAGGUAGAGACGGUAGCAAAGGAGAAAGUGGACUACCAGGACUUAAUGGAUCCCCCGGUUUAGAUGGACCCAGAGGAGAGAAUGGACCAUCUGGCUUACCUGGAAGAGAUGGAGAACCUGGACUUCCUGGAAUGAAAGGAGAUGGUGGAUUACCUGGAUUUGAUGGUUUACCUGGACCUAAAGGUAACCCUGGAAACAAUGGACUCCCAGGUGUUUCAGGAGAGAAAGGAAAUCCUGGAUUCCCAGGACCUAACGGACAACCAGGAUUACCUGGACCUAAAGGAGAAAGAGGUUUCAAUGGAAGAGAUGGAAGUAAGGGAGAGCCAGGAAGAACAUCAGAGGGAAGCAAAGGGGAACCAGGUCUAUCAGGCCGUACUGGAUUAGAUGGUUUACCAGGAAUGAAAGGAGAUGUUGGUUUUCCUGGUCGGGAUGGAUUCCCAGGAGCUAAAGGUGAAUCAGGAAAUCCUGGACUUGAAGGAAUCGGACAGAAAGGAUCACGAGGAUUGGAUGGACUACCAGGUAGUGCUGGUCUCCGUGGAGAAUCUGGGGUUGAUGGAUUAACUGGGGUGAACGGUCGUAAAGGAGAAUCAGGAGAUAGAGGUCUCAAUGGUUUACCUGGUCCUCAGGGUAACAAUGGAUUGGAUGGCCGUAAAGGUGAACCUGGUAUUCCCGGUGGCUUUGGAUCUACAGGUCAAAAGGGACAGUCCGGUUUGGAUGGAUUGCCUGGAAAUCCUGGACCUAAAGGAGAAAGUGGACGGGACGGAUUUGAUGGAUUACCUGGAGAAAAAGGAUUGAGUGGCUUACCUGGAGAUAAGGGAGACAGAGGUCUACCAGGUGUUAUAAAUCUAGCACUAUUACCUCCAGGUCCUAAAGGAGAACCUGGAAUACCCGGAUUGAGAGGCUUCCCUGGUCUAGAUGGACAGAAAGGAGAACUUGGACUCAGAGGACCACCUGGAUUUGCUGGUACUAAAGGAGCUCAUGGAUUGGAUGGUUUACCUGGUAUGAAAGGAGAAUUAGGACAGCGUGGGUUCCCUGGUACUCCUGGUCAGGAUGGACUUCCAGGUGCUCGUGGAUUAGAGGGAGAACCUGGACGUUCAGGGUUGCCAGGCAACACUCCACCCGCUGGUUUCCUGUUAGUACGUCACAGUCAGAGUCAGGAAAUUCCAGUUUGUCCAGAAAGACUUACCAAAAUAUGGGAGGGAUACAGUUUAUUGUACAUUGAAGGAAAUGAAAGAUCUCAGCAUCAAGAUUUAGGUUGGGCCGGUUCCUGUCUUCAGAGAUUCAGCACUAUGCCAUUCCUCUUCUGUAACACAAACAAUGUUUGUAACUAUGCCAACAGAAAUGAUAAAUCCUAUUGGUUGGCUACAAAUGCACCAUUACCCAUGAUGCCUGUGACAGAUAACGAUAUCUCCCGUUACAUCAGUAGAUGUGUGGUAUGUGAUGCCCCAGCUAAUGUAAUUGCUGUCCACAGUCAAACUUUACAGAUUCCUGAAUGUCCAAUUGGCUGGUCAGGAAUGUGGAUUGGAUACAGUUUUGCUAUGCACACUGGAGCAGGACCUAGCGGAGGUGGUCAGUCAUUGUCCAGCCCUGGCAGUUGUCUAGAAGAUUUCAGAGCUACUCCAUUUAUAGAGUGUAAUGGUGAUGGUGGAAAUUGUCACUUUUAUGCCAACAAAUACAGUUUCUGGCUCACAACAAUAGAUCAAAAUUCACAAUUUGCUAGUCCUAUACCAGCAACUCUUAAAGCUGGAAAUCUCCGUACACGUGUCAGUAGAUGUCAAGUUUGUGUCAAAAAUGUUUAAUAUGUCUUUCUAAGUGAACAAUUAAUUAAUGAUGGCUAAAUAUGUGAGUGAUUGGGGAAAUAGUUUUAUGUGUGAAUGGCAAUAACCAUAUGUGCCUUACUAUUUCAACGUUGAAAUUAUGCUGCAAAUAAUAGUUCAAUAUAGUUUGAUAUGCUCAAAUGUUAUUUCAUUUCUGUGAUGUAUAAAAUGUUCUUUCUCACUGCCAAUUUGAAUAUGAAUACUCAAAUUUGUCUCGUUAUUUAGAUCUGUAGAUAGCUAAAAAAUCUUCUUUUUUUUGUAUAUAUUUUUGUCAUGUUUAUAUUUGUUGUUUUUAUAAGUUUUUGAAGUAACAACAAACUAUAUGUCUUCACAUUUUACAUAAUGCAUGAUUUUUUUUUGCUCUUUAAUUAUAUGCCAGAACAUAUGUGCCAAAAAAGACAAAAUAAGGAUUGUGCCAGAUAUACUUUAUAAGUGAUCAUGGUUUCAAAAUUGAGAUCCAUUUUUAUUUGAAAAUAGUACCGGUAAUAAAUUCUUAUUUUUAAAACAUUAAUUGAAUAUAAAAAAGAUCAGUAUUUGAAAAGGUAAAGGGAAAACUAUUUUUCAACUAAAAAAUUUCUUAUAUAAUGUAGUGUUGUCAUUGUUAUCAAAUCAGCUAUUUAGAUUAAAAACAUGAGAGAAGAGCCACUUUAAGUUAAGUGGACCGAAGACCCGGCUUCUGUCCAGAAAGUAGCAACAGUUAUAGGCCUCCGAACAAAAUUAUAUAAAUUAUACAAUAAGCCGGUAUUGUUAUUUAAUGAAAACCAUUUCUUAAUGAAAUAUUUUUUAUGGUCUUAUUUUUAUGAAUUUUUUAUACAUUGGUUGUAUUUUUAUUCAAAUCUAAGUACAUUAUUGAUUAUUUUAAUAAUUAGAGGCCAAUGAGGAAAUUAAUGUGUGUAGUUCAUAAUAAUAUACAGUCUUAUGUGACAUAAGAAUUUAUGGCAGAAUAUUUCUGUUGCCUUUAAUGUUACAUUAAUAUUAUACUUCAUAUAUGAACAUUUUCUUUUCUUUUAUCAUAUUUCUGAUAAUGUUCGUUAUUUGUUUUAUGUGAAAGUCAUGAACAGUGCAGGACAAAACAUUUUAUUUCAUUCUGCUAAAAGUUAGAAAAAAGCAACUGAAUAUCAAUAACAUAAGAAUUUUCAAAAAUUAUUUAGAAUAAAUUUAGAUUUAUAAUAAAAAUAAUGUAUUUGUUUUAUACAAAUCAAUUUCAUUGUAGAUUCUUGCAAUUCAGGGUAAAAGGGUGGAAAAUAGGGAUUUAUUUUGUUUUACAGUCAAUUUUCAAUGUACUCUAGUCAAUAAAUUCAUGUUGCUGAAUAAAUUCUUCUUUUUUUA